AGCUGUUGACUGGUUGGUUGGCUGGUUUGGCUAGCCGCACUCAGAAUACUCGUCUCGGGUUCAGUUAGACUUUGGCAAACGUCUCGUCGUGAGUAAUCGAUGCGCUCUGGCGUGUCUUGUUUUGAUUGUUAUCCGAAGCUCUCGGAGGAGGAAGUUCCGGUUGCGCUCGUUUGUUGGAACGCGUUCAGUUAGUACUAGAAGAACUAGAAACCGGAGCUAGUUUUAUAGUGCGCUAACUAGUUUUAUAGUUCGCGUACUCUCGUCGUGGAAAGGCAAGAAAGAAAGUGCAUCCUUCCGCGUUGUGGUAUUAGUGGACCAGUUAUUGUUGUUGGUUUUUUGUUACGGUUCAACAAAAUAUUUCGGUUCGGAUAUUGAUUUUCCUUGGCUCAGCUCAGCUCAGCGGUUAGCACUGCGUUUAAUUGAGGUUAAGUUACGUGUGAAGAAACGUCGAGGUGGAACGCAGCCGAAAGAGAUACGAAUUAGAGUAGGCAUUGAAGGGUGUACUUUUUGUACAUAGCAGCGCACAGUGUAUGCGCUGCGUGUGAAGUACAGGGGAGUACAGUGGGACGACGAGGGGUGAUGCAGUGAAGGUUCACGUCCACCGAGAGAGCGAGAGAACGGGGGAAAGUAAGGUUGGAUUUCAGCUCGUUUUAGCUGUGCCCGUUAGCGCGGAUCAUAACAUCGCGAACUGUUGGACCAAAGACAGGACAGCAGCGUAAGCAAACGUGAGUGAGACAGAACGACGGAUAUGUGUGUGUGAGAGAAAGAGAACGAGAGGAAAGGGGUUUACAUACCUCAGCAAUCAAGUAAGAAGAGGAAUGGGGAAAAAGUGUAAGAAUCAGAUGUGACACAAUCUCCGCGAUACGCUGUUGGAGCUCGCUUCGAGCCUUAUGCUAUGAGUCAGCCCGUAGACGGCGGAGACCGGCAGCGACGAAGGAAACGCUAGUGAGCGGUCGCGAGGCCAAGUCAAGUGGCAGUCAAGGCAGUCGUGGUAAGAACAAAGAAGGCGAAAAAAACAUCAUCGUCAGUGUUUGGACUCUCGUACUGAGGAGGAGGAUACACCCAAUUUGCUUGCCUUGCUGGCCUGCCAGUAAUGGGCAAGAACGUCUCCAGAAUUGAACUCGGACGGAUUGUUGGCGGUGCAGGUGCGGUUGUCAGCUACGACGGCGACGACGACGACGACGAAUCGCAACAUGUUAUGCGGCCGCAGCGGUCGACGACAUCGUCAAGAACUUCGAAUCGAAAAAGUGAUUUUUAGAGUGUAAUUCGAGCGCGAUUUUGGGUGCGGUAAGACAAAUCUCCUAGAAUAUCAGCGACUACUUGAUUGGUCGGUGCAGGGAGCAGUAGUGACCAGAUAGUGAAGUGCCAGCAGGAGAAGUGUGUGGUGGAAUAGUUGGUGGUGUUGUGUCGUUUGUAGGCAAAGCAGGCGAGAGGCGGUUGCGAUCCAAAUAGUGGUCGAUUUUUGCAGCCUCAAGAGUUGUCGAAGAGUAAUGUGAACGUGUAUGAGUGCAUGUCACGCGCGCAUUACUCGAAGUAUUUUGUAUUUCGCUUCUCUACCUUCUUCUUCUGCCUCACACUGUUCGCCUCGACUCGAUCGAUGGGUUUGUAAGAAGUAAAUCAAAAAGGUGCCAGGAAAAAGUAGAAGCGGAGUAAAAUAGCGGAGGAAAAAAAGUAUGUGUGCUGCGCCGCUUCUCCUCUCGUUGUUUGGCCCACCAGUCGCACAGAGGCGGUCGAGCAGAGUGUAAAGUAUUGGCAACAUAGCAGAAAUUAAUAUUGUUUGAGAAGAAUAAUCGACGGGGACGACCAGCAAGCAAGCAGUGAGUGAGUGGUUUGAAAAUAAAACAACACAAGAAGAAUACGAAGACGGAAUGGAGCAAUAGUAAGAGUCGAAGGGGGAAGGAAGCAGAAGUGCAGUGCAGUGCAGUGCGGUGCAGUGCAGUGUUGAAUAAACGAGAGUUCCUGCUGCAAUCGAAGAAGGCUGUGGAGUGUGGGGAGUGCAGGCGCGCGAGAGGAAUAGAGAGCAAUAUCAAAUGCACAUAGUUUUUUUUUUCUCGUGUUGUUAUUAUUGCUGUUGCACUUAUAAUAGAUUCAUGCGCUGCACCAACACAGGCCGGGCGAAGUGAACACAGUCGACGACUCCCACAGAGACCGUUCCGUGCGCAGUGAGAGGAGUGUGUGCAAAGUGUGGCUGGCUGCGGCGACCGAAAAGUGUGGAAAGGCAAUAGAAAUCUACGAGCCCCGAAGUCAGUGUCUUUGUUCAAAUUUGCACGGAAAGAGAGUGCCAGCAGCUUGCAGGGCCUACUCGAUCAAAGUAAAAUCACAGUGUGCAAAUCUAGUUUUAUCAGUGUAAAGUUUGCCCUACAGGGAAGUGCCACCAAUCUAUCAACUGUCAUGCCCCGGUGUCAGAACCAUCAUCACCUGUCAAACGGAGACGUGUGUACUCCGUCGAUCGACCGGUCGGAGGAACCCCGGGUACCUCCACGGUACGGAAGUACACCGCCAGCACCGGCUAGUCUCUGCUAGGAGACACCCAAAAAAAAAACCUCGAGUGGACUUCCCAUUCCUCGUCUCCGGUACAGGUGUACCUGGCCUGGCGAGUUUUAUUUAUGGUGCAAAAGUUGGCCACAAGCAAGACGAAGUCAGUGGAAAGCGGAGGACGCAAACGGCACACUCAAUGAAGAAUAAGCAGCAACAGCAGGCACCAAAGAAGAAGCAGAAGCAGCAGCAACAGCAACAGAAGAAAAACUUGGAUAUCAUGUUGAGCUCUUCCUACUACAUCUAUAUGUCUGCCGGUACUCAGUUGCAGAUGGCACCACAGACAACUAUAGUACAACAGGUUGGCCAAAAUCAUCUCCAUUCGCAUCAUCUACAGCAGCAGCCCCAUUCGGUGCAGCAACCGCCGCCGCCGCCGCCACCGCAUUACAGCAGUCCGCAGCAGCAGGCCGCGGUCGCAGCAGCUGCCAGUGGAUUGGGCGUACCGCCUCAGCUCGGUUCGCUCACUAGCUUGCAUCAGCAGCAACAACAGUCACAUUAUACUAAUAACAACAAGGAUCAGGACUCGAACAUGAGUACCGGAUCGUCGCAUAGUGAUAAGGAGCUAGAGACUAUAAUCAAUACCCCGACGCCGGAGAAAAUUUCCCGAACGCCAUCCGAUCGGAAGCGAAAGCGGAAAGCACCGGACGAUAACGGUGGCCCGGGCGGAGGAGGCGGAGGUCAUGUUCGUGAUAGAGAUAGCGUUAAGGGUCCGCGUUUGACGAUACCACCAUUAGGCGAUAGUAAGAAAAUCAAUGACUACUUUUCCAAACAUCCGGUGAGCAGUCCGCAUCGGCCGCACCCGGCCGGAACCGGAGCUGGUGGUCCCCUAGGAGCAAUAAGUAAUUCUGGCCCUCAGGCACAGCCCGGUCAGCCGGGUAGUGUCGUCGGUGGAAGCCAAGGGCAAAGCCAACAGGUUUCCACGAAGAGUCCUAGCGCCCAACCGCCGCAUGGUCAGUAUCCAAUGUAUCCACCUAGUCCUCAACCACAGCUCGGCUCUGUGGUAAACUCCAGUGGUAAUCUAACCAGCGCCGCAGCGGCACAAGAGCUUUACGUGCGUUCUCAGCGUGUCCCAUCUUCCACACUAGUUCCUCCAUCAUCAGUAUCCGCCACGUCAUCGUCGUCGUUACUAAACUCAUCCUCACCUGUUGUUUCCGUUGCCGGAGUAGUAGUCUCGAACGCCCAGCAGCAACAAUCGCAUCGAGAUCGAGAUUCUCAGCCACCGCCACCUCCCCUGCCACCUGUAGCUGCUGUGCAACAACAGCAGCAGGUGCCGCCGCAACCGCCGGUCACACCGACGCCGACUUCCUUGGGGACCGCAAAUUCUUCACUAGCCAUCAAUAGUCUAGCGUCGUUAAACCAUGCCAACAACGGUACCAACACUAGCAACAACAGCAGUAGUAAUCACAGCAGCAUACCGACGGUUCAAUCCUUAGCUCAAUCAAAUGCCCAACAGCAAAGCCAGCAGCAGCAGCAGCAACCUCUGACGCCACCAGUUCCGCUGAUGGUGUCCAAGUUGGUUCAAACGGACCUCACCCUAGCCGAUAUUAGCGAUCGUGAUGCGGACUUCGAGAACUCGCGGACACGAGUCGACGAGUUGUCGCGGUUGUCCGACGAGCAAAAGUGUCAGAUCAGCGCCCACCAGAAGGUGAUCGAGCAGCACAAAAGCCACAUCAACAAGUGCAUCGAGGUGGUCAAAAAGCUGCUGAAGCAGAAGAGCAACAUCGAAAAGAAGGAGGCGCGGCAAAAGUGCAUGCAAAAUCGGCUCCGGUUAGGGCAGUUCGUGACCCAACGGGUGGGCGCCACCUUUCAGGAGAACUGGACCGAUGGAUACGCGUUCCAGGAGCUGGCCAAACGCCAAGAGGAGAUCACCGCCGAGCGGGAGGAGAUCGACCGGCAGAAGAAGCUGCUAAUGAAGAAACGGCCCACGAACAGUGAGACCGGCCGGAAGCGCAACAACUCGAGCACUUCGGCGGCGGCGGCAGCGGCAGCCGCAGCGGCCGGUUCCAGCACCACUACGGUGGCGGCCGCCAGCCAGCUCGCAUCCUCGCUGCACAAUGGCAACGAAAAUACGUUCCUAAAGCCGGAUCCGGUCGUCGGCAGUGGUAGCACCUUCACCAUUCAGGAGUACUACGAGUGCGACGAGAUACUGAAGCUGCGCCAGAACGCCCUCAAGAAGGAGGACGCCGACCUGCAGCUGGAGAUGGAGAAGCUCGAGCGGGAGCGAAAUCUGCACAUCCGGGAGCUGAAGCGAAUACACAACGAGGAUCAGUCACGCUUCAAUAAUCACCCCGUGCUGAAUGAUCGGUAUCUACUGCUGAUGCUCCUGGGUAAGGGUGGUUUUUCCGAGGUGCACAAGGCGUUCGAUCUAAAAGAACAGCGGUACGUAGCCUGCAAGGUGCAUCAACUGAACAAAGACUGGAAGGAAGAUAAGAAAGCUAACUAUAUUAAGCAUGCGCUACGGGAAUACAACAUUCACAAAGCGCUCGAUCACCCGCGGGUGGUCAAACUGUACGAUGUGUUUGAGAUCGAUGCCAACUCAUUCUGCACCGUACUGGAGUACUGUGAUGGGCAUGAUUUGGAUUUUUAUCUGAAGCAGCACAAGACGAUACCGGAGAAGGAAGCCCGAUCGAUCAUUAUGCAGGUCGUAUCGGCGCUGAAAUACCUAAACGAGAUCAAGCCCCCUAUUAUCCACUAUGACUUGAAGCCGGGCAACAUCCUGCUAACGGAGGGUAACGUGUGCGGUGAGAUCAAGAUCACGGACUUCGGUCUAUCGAAGGUGAUGGACGAAGAGAACUAUAACCCGGACCACGGUAUGGAUCUAACGUCACAAGGUGCUGGAACAUAUUGGUAUUUGCCUCCAGAGUGCUUCGUUGUCGGCAAGAAUCCACCGAAGAUCUCCUCCAAGGUGGACGUGUGGAGCGUUGGAGUGAUAUUCUACCAAUGUCUGUACGGUAAGAAACCGUUCGGCCACAACCAGUCACAGGCAACGAUUCUCGAAGAGAACACCAUCCUGAAGGCGACUGAAGUGCAGUUCGCCAACAAACCGACUGUCUCGAAUGAGGCAAAGAGUUUCAUUCGGGGAUGCUUGGCCUACCGAAAGGAGGAUCGAAUGGAUGUUUUUGCUCUGGCUAAGCACGAAUAUCUGCAGCCGCCAGUUUCCAAGCACAAUCGAUCGGCGGCCGCGGCCGCAUCCAGUCAAAACCAGCACGGCAGUGGCAACAGUGGAGUCGGUGGUAGCGGUCAGGGUGGCGCAGGAGGUGGCGCCGGUGGUGGUGGUGGCGGAUCCGGUGGUUCCGGAGGCGCCGGGGGCAAUCAAACUGGACAACAAACGUCCUUUUCGACGGGGAUGUUUGGCAACAUGAACCAGUCCAGCUCAUCUUAGCUGAUUUUCAACGGUUGUUUGAAAGGUACGGCUGGUGCUGGUGCUGGCGGGCCUAAUGCUAUUGCUACUUCUGCUGUUGCUGCUGCUGCUGCUUCUACUACUGCUACUACUUCUAUUACUGCGGUUGUUAAUGGAAACUAUGCUGGCAACGCUGUUGCCAAUAUCGCAAUCAACGCCAUCCCGAUCUACGCGAUCGGUAAUCAGACCAACAGUAACAACAAUAACCUAAAAAACAACAACAACAUUUCGCCACCAACGUCAUCCAAUUCACCCAAGUAGGCGCAUGGCGCCAUUUAGAAGAUAACCGAUGUUCGUACUGUAAGUAAAAAAAAAACAAGCAAAUGUGAUGUGCUAAGCAAAACCAGAAACCAAACCCAAUAGAUAACAAACAAACAAAAAAAUAUCCUCGAUCCCAGUUUUUUUUUCGAUACGCAUGAAAACAAUUAAUAACCUGUCAUAGGGAGACGAAGACAUACACACGCACACACAUUCAGAGAACGAAUGCGGAAAUCACCGGAACAUUAGAAGAAAAAAAUAAACAAUUGCACACAGAAGAAGGCAAGAAGGCGGUGGCGUCUCGCAAUUCCUGCUGUACAACCUACAAAACUCCUUGUAAAGUUACAGAAGAAGAAAAAAAAAUGAAUCGAUGUUUGCUGUAAAACAAAAUACUUAAAAAAAAACCCACAGACACACAAAAAAAUAACGUUCAUAAAUGAUGUUCUCGAAAAAACAACAAUAACAUACAACCAAGCGAGAAAGUGGAAAAAAGUGAAGAACAAUUUCUUAUCGAGAGUGAUUGAGCGAGCGCGAAAAAGCAAUUAUCAUUUUGUUUCAUGUGUUCUCUAUACAUUUACGCCUGAAAGGAGAAAAGAAAAGGAUGAAACAAACAGCGUAAACUCGCGAUAAAAACAAAAAAAUUGGUCUGACAGCAGCGAAAAGUAGAGAAUGAAGGAAAAGUGCAUGGCUUACUUUACACUGGUGGACGAAACAUUUGUUAAUUUUUUUUUCAUUAUUUUUGUUUAUUUUACCAUAGCAAGCAAAAUAUUAAGGACGAAAUUAUUCUAUAAACAAAGAUAGGAACAAAUUUGUUUUAUAUUAGACAUCGGCAGGAAAGUCGCGUGCAUUUAACUCUGUAGAAGGAUGGCAACAGUGACAAAAAAUCCCUAAAAUACCUGUAAAUACAUAACUUUCGCGUAGAAUUGUUACAUGUGAUGGCAAAAGAGUGCAAGUCCCACACUUACUCUUAACCACAUGGUCUGUGACCCGGUCGGUUUCAGGGUCGAACCGAGGACAGAGAAAAGUAGCAACAGCAGUCAGUCAAAAGAAGGAGAAACUUAUGUGAGGGGUUGCAGCAUCUUUGCAGAUUUCAGUGAAACUUUGUAAAAUUUGGUGACAGCGGUAAUUCGAGCAUUUUGUCAUACUUAAAAUCUUUUAUGUACUAUGUAUUUAAUACACUUUUAACUGUAUGAAAAACAAUUUGGCAGAUCACAUGGUUUUUGAAUGGAAAAUUUUCAAAAAAAAAAAAUGGCGCUGUCAUCAAAUACAGCAAAAACUCUCACUAAAAUCUGCAAGCGUGCUACCAUCGAAUGGGCAAAUUUGGCGUUGAAUACCUCUCACGUAUGUAAAAAAAAUCCGCACAGCAGAAGCCAAACGGAACAAAAAACCAGAAAUAAAGCAAAAUGAACGAAUGAAUGAACCAAGAUAAAACCGCGAUAGUGGUGAUGUACAUUUACCGAAAAAACGAUGAAAUUGUUGUUUGUUAAUUCCAUUGAAACGAGAAGCAAAAAAAAUAACUAAGCAAAAAAGCAAGAAAGAGUGGCGUGGCUUUAAAGAAGAGAGAGAGAAAAAAGCAUCCACUGUUGUAAUGUGGAUGUGCCAAACAUCUUUUUUUUCGUCACUAUUAUUAUUUCCCCCCCCUUGUAAAUAUAUCGAUUAGUGUUUGUUUUAUCAGUAAUUAAUUACAAACUACAACAGAUUCGCGAAGAUUAGUAGGAAACACACACACAGACUCACAGAGAACUGGACGCUGCGUGAGAAAGAGUGAGAGAGCGAGAGAAUUAAAGAAAGAGAGCGCAGUUACUUCCCUUUCGCAAUAACGUGUGAUUAUCCUCCCCCCUCACCUGUUGCAGCCUCAUCGUUUUGUGAUGAUAAGGCGGCAGGUGUAAAACAGAAUCGAGCAACAUCAGGCCGGAGUUAAAGUAAAAGUUACUGUUUUUUUUUCGUCCUGUACUAGCUUGACGCGAUUUACGAUGAACGCCAGUGGCUCUAGAGAUAUUUCUAUUGGAACUCUUUUUUAUCACCUUGAUAGGGAAAACCAAAUAACGAUUAUGACGAGUGCGCGUGCGAAUGGGAGAUUUGUUUAAUUUUUCUUGAGGGCGAGCGCGCGCGUGAUUGAGUGUGAGUGCGUGCGCGGAACACAUCCUUAAGGAUUAGAUAACAAAGUAAUAACUCGCAGAAGCGGAGAAAAAGCGAAGAACGUCGUGGGUUAUAUGAGCUGUUUUUUCUCUUAAACAUAGUAAACUAUCAAUAGAAAACGUGAACAUAGGUUGAAUUUAAUGCGAUGUAAUCUCUUCUUAAAUUCUUAAGGAAAUGAUAAAGAAACAAAAAAGGUGAUCAAAACUUGAAGUCAACGUUUUACCGAACUCACACAUACAUAGUAGGAUAACAAAAAAAAAAAAAAACAAAUGAAUAAAAAAACACACGUAAAGCGGCGAAAAAAACGUGCGGUGACUUCAAGCGCUGCGCUAGCGAGAGAGCCGCAAAGAAGAAAAUAAAAUGCUUUGAUUCCAAACAACAACUAUUCUGCCCGAAAUACGGUGGACCGCUAGAAGCGGGCCGCUUGCGCUCAAAAGAAACGAAAAAAGCAUGAAAAAAAUGAAAAUCGAAAAAAUAGACGUAAUUUAAAGUCAAGCAAAACCAGCGGACAGAAUAUUCAAAGUAAAAAAAGAAACAGACACACACCCAUUAAGAAAAAAAAAACAAACAACAAAACAAGCUUAUUAUUAGAAGUUGAAAUAUCAAGUUUAGUGGUUACAUGCAAAUAAUCAAUAAUGAAGAAGACACACACACAGAACGAAAGAGAGGAUGCUAGCCAGAGGUCAUGCGUAAAAGAAUAAACUAAAUUAUAGGUACUAUAGGACGUUACAAGUGAAGGGGAGGGAAACGCGAACGCGCGCGCUUUUGUAUGUGUGUGUGUUUGUGUGAGUGGUUGCGCCUGUGUGUGUUACACGUACAUGCGUUGUAAACAAAACAGAAAAAAACGCAUGUGGCUAGCGCGAUCAUAAAAUUAAGCAAGCCUACUACUGCUAGUAGUAGCAGCAGUAGUAGGCACUGCCCCAAACACAAGAGAGAUACAUGCAAAAAAAGCAAGCAAAGAGCAUGGAGCAGAUUGAGAGCAGAAAAAAAUCGUGAAUGUCGAUGAAAACACAACACAUUUAAUAAAUUUAAAGUAAUACCUAUUAAAAAAAACCUAUUAAUAAUUAAUGAAAAAAAAAACACAUACAGAUAAAUAAUUAUAAUAAAUUAUUUAAGAUAUGAAAAACUUCUAUAUGUAAUAAUUAUUAAAAAAUUAAAAUAAAAAAUAAACUAUUAUUUGAA